AGGCCAAAACACCUUCACCAAACCAAAACAAACCUCCAGAACUGUGGGAUCAUUUACAUUGAAUAAAAGUAAGAGCCGACUUCAGUCGGUAUAUAUUGUUGCAAAAGGGGAUUUGCAAACGAUACAGAGGGAGCUGGAAGAUCUUGUCUUAACUUGUACCAAACAUUAGCUGGAAGAAGUUCAUGUGUAUGGCCAAUAAUAUUUUAUGCAGUUGAGUUAUAGUUGCUUGUGUAUGAAAGUAUGAACAAGUCUCAAACCAAACUUGUAGCCGGGACACGCACUGGUGCAGCGGUGUUGACGGAACAAGUCGAUCCCUUAGGCAAAAAUACACAAGAUGAAAGGAAGAAACCGACAGCAGUCGGAAGUAUUACCCGUGCAGUCGCAUCGAACAGCAACGAUAAAGGGCAGUAUACGGAUGCAAUGAAAUUAGACCCAUCCCGCAUAGAGAUUGAAAGCGUUUUAGCGAAUGCUAUUAAAAUAGAAAACUUUACAGAAGAGGACAGUGUCUUCAAUGAAGAAAGCAUCUCGCUUGAUACAAUACGACUACCAAAGAGAAAAUAUUUCGGGGAUGAAGAGUCGGAAGACGAUUCCAGCAUUACAUCGAAAUCGCAAGACUCUAACGAUGCUUGGGAUGAAAUGCAUUAUCAAAAAGAAACUGAUCUUCGAGCGACCUCAUCGACAGCCAACAAUCCUGUCAAGAAAAAAAAGUUAGAACAAACGCAACGUGAAUCCGUCAAACAAUACCUUGUAAACGAUAGUUCUGGGAUGAAACCUGUCAGUGAACCCAAUCGCAAUCGGAUUUUACAGAACGAUGGAGUGCAAGAUAUAUCUAUACAGAUACAGAUAUGUAAAGAAAGAAUAAGGAAACUAGAGGAAAAAAAUCGAUACCUGAAGCAAGUUAUAGCUGAUAAGUUAGACAUUAUUGUAAAAGGCUCAACCAGACAGGUUCGGCAAAUGGAGAAGUUAGUUUCGACCAGAGCAGGUUCUCCACUUUUAGAGCCAUUUCCGGAUCCUUCCUUUACUGCAAAACUUUCAACUCCGGUAAGUUUUCACAAAACAGUAUUUGUGUUGAAUCCAGUGGAAACAGAGGAGGAACUGCAAAAGCUGGAAGAUAUCAUUGGCUCAGAUCCUAAGUAUAGAGAGCAGGUCAUAGAAUACUUGCAACGAGAUUCCACCCGAACUGACCUUGAAAAUCGACUGCACGAUGCAAUUGAUAUGCUGUUUUGUAGGCGCUUGUUCGCUAGCAUGAGUUGGUCAGGAAUCAGCAGGAGUGGAGUUCCAAAAAUUCAGUUAAGCAAAUAUGAAAACAUUAUUCGACUGUUUCAAACGGUUGGCACUACUGAAAAUGAUAAACCAUGCUUGCGUUAUAUAGCAGAGUAUCUAAAAACAAAUUAAAGCAUGCUAAAUCACGUAUUCACAUACCGAAAAUGAGGAAAACAUCCAGCCACAAACCAGCUAGAAAC